AGAUCUAGCCUGAGAGGCAUCACUGGCAUGAUGGGAACAACAAAAAUGAUCAACCAAUAACAACAGCCAUUUACUUUAAGCAUUCAACAUUAACUUUAAAGAAGCACUAUAAUGGGUUAAACCACCUCCCACACACUCCCUUUCAACUCCCGUAACAACACACACCCCCUAAACGUAGGUUUGCAAGAAAUCUUUCAAAACUAAAAUGACAGCAUAUUGCUCCAAAUAACCUUGAAACACCAUGCAUGUUGAGAGAAAAAAACACAACUCCAACCUCCACACAUCCACUGGAAAAAAAAUGAUGAGUAUGUUGUCACAUUUACUGUCCUGCAUCAACAAUUUGCAUACCUAUAGUCACCUGAUCAGAACGAUGUGCAAGAGAAAAAACCAGUGAGUUCAACCAAUCACAAACAGCCUUCGUCUCCUAUAAGAGUAAAGAGAGCGUCCGCCAACACACAGGACUCAAACUGCAGAGCUUCAGGGAUGAUGCUGCUUUGGAGUUUGCUUGUGCUUCUUGGGGAAAUCUGUCAGGUGCCAGCUGUAGGCAAGGACACAAGUAUAACUCAGGAUAGUGGGAUCAUAACUGCUAACGUCGGGGAGACAGUGACUUUGAAAUGUACUUGCGAGGACGAAUCCAUAACUUUCCUUUCCUGGUACCAGCAAAUCUUGGGAGGCAAACCUGUGAUCAUAUCUACUCGAAAGAGGAACUCACAUGCUACCAUCUCCCCGGGGUAUAAAAAAAGGUUUGAAAUAUUUCGAUUUGGUAACAGAGGCUUGAACCAUCUCAUAAUCAACAAUCUUCGCUUGGCCGAUUCAGCAACUUACUAUUGUGGGGUUUUAGUCUUCAACGCAACCGAGUUCGGAAAAGGAGCUUUCCUUCAUGUCAAAUCAUCCAACUUCACCGCAGUGGUCCAUCAGCCAGCAUUGGAGCCACUUCGGGCGGGAGACUCUGUGAAUUUGAGAUGUUCAGUAUAUGCUAGAGAAUGUGAAGAGGAGCAGAGCCUCUACUGGUUCAGACAUGAUGCGGCUGCAAUCAUGUAUCCCAGUGCCGGACAGUGUAAAAAUCUCUCUGAAGAAGGAACUGGUAUGAAAAAUUGCACUUUACAACUCGCUUUAAAUUCUGUGAGGUCCCCGGAUGAAGGGAUGUACUACUGUGCGCUGGCCUCCUGUGGGGAGAUCGUGUUUGGAAACGGAACCAAAGUGGAGAUUUUAAGUAAGAGAUUCACCCAAACUGCUCCUGGUGUAUUGCCUCAGUUUGGCAUUGGCUGUUUCCAUUAUCGCACUCCUCACCUUGGCUUACAUUAUGUACAAGUUGAAAAAAAAGUCAUGCACCGUCUGCAAAGGUACUGUUUCUCAUCAGGCGUGUUCAGCUUCUAAUAAUGCGAGCCAAGAUGCAGGCAUUCUCCAUUAUGCUGCUCUGAGUCUGAACAGAAGCAGAGAACGACCUCACCAAGAAGACAACGUGGAAGGCGUUUGUGUCUACUCUGGAGUAAAGAGCAGGAAGGUGUGCAGUACCAGACUGUCUCUUCUUCCUGUCAAUCCACCGCAAGACAACAACACUUGACUACGUUCAGUAUUAAAAAAUGUUGAAAGAAAAUAAAGUGUUUUCAUGUGAAAUAUGUUCGUAGAUGCCACGUGCCAGGAGAGUAAAUCUCUUUACAGAUAUAUACAAAGCAAGCUAAUAAAAAACUCUUUUGUCUAUUAAUAUCUUCCUUUGCCACAAACAGAAGCAUUGGUAACACCUUUUGAUCUAUAGCCGUCCCUCUCCGUUCACAUUUCAGUCCUGCGGUAAGGGUAGUGUGAACAACAGAGCAGAAGUUUCCAUCAGUGGAAACAUCAGUUCUAGCAGCACUUGAACACAGGAAGACCGGCCUUUGUGCAACUAUAGUUAGGAUUAACAUCAAUGACUUGUCAAAGAUUAUGUCAAAGAAUAUUAACAUACCUACAACUCCAACGGUCCAGAUUUAUUUCUUAGCUCAUGUGAAGUCUGGUUUGAGUGAAGCUUUAAAGUCAUUCUACUAAACUCAAGUUUUAGUCUUGGGCAAGUUUCAGAGUUUCAGUUCUCUAAAACUCAAAUGUCCACAUUUGAUCCUAAGACAGGCUUUUCUAGGAAAUGUAUCAAAAAUGACAUUUCCAGAACUCAAACUCCUGGUGAUACAAGGCACAAGAUCGACACGAGAUACAAAAACAUCUGUCUCUUAAAUAAAAAUACUAAAUAACAACAUUUCACUCCUUCUCAUUUAGCUGGACAAUAUAUGGCUCAAAAUACAAUCAGGAUAUGAUGUAAUAUACUCAUACAUACAUGAUAUAACACAUUAUAUGCAAGAUAUAUGAUAGUGUCAGUCUGAUCAUCAUGAACUGUACAUGCAAUUGCAAAAAAUAAAUGAAAGCAUCAUAAAUGUAUCUUUAAGUGUUACUGGCCCAUCUUUCAGUCCUUUUUAAACAAUAACCUAACAGCAUUUUCAAUCAUUUUCCUGGUUUCAAGUAAAGCAUAUUGUGUCUUUACUUAUAACAGUGAUAUAACGAAUGUCUGGACAAAAGAAUAAAAGU